UUGUCUUUUUUGGCAAAUACAGGACUCAUUAGAAAAUGUCUAGUGACAUAAAUACCAAUAGGGGCAACAGAUAAAAUCUACUUUUCUGAUUACUAAAUUGAUAACACUCUGAUGACCCCUUAAAUGAAGAAACCAUCCUGCAGCCCAUUACCUGAGUGUCAACUGAUCACCAUUUGGUGAUUUACUUAACAAGCAAGACCAUAAUGUCAGAAAGUUUAACACACAGAGUUGUGUCAGCUUUACUUAGUACCAAAUGCAGGACUGAAUAAAACAGGAAUACAAUAAUGAAAAUAAGAUUAAAAUACAAUUCAGUCAGUAAUGACCAGUAAAACACAUUGUUGUAAAAUCUAAGCUUGUGUGUUAAUCAAACAUGGGGAUAGGCUAUGUGUGUGUUGGUUGGGGGAAUAUUUGCACAAGUUGCCAAGAUUUAGCGACACCCCUGGUCGAAACAGUUUGACGUAACCCACUGUAACAUACGCUGAAUAAUGUAAAUUCCCGAACCCUUAAUGUUUGAGAUAGCAUCGAUCUGCUCUGGAACCAAAACGGUCAGCAUUUCCAGCUCGAACCACGUGUUUUCCUGGACAAAGUGAAGGUGCAAAGGGUUAAAGAUCAUCCCCAGUAUUUGCAUCCCUCGGCGGGCAGCAGGCUCGCUCGCUGUGGAUUGUGGGAGUCGACUCUGCCCAGACUUGUUCCUGGAGAACCGGAGACAUUUUCCCACCGCGGUGUUUUUUAGGUCCACACUGGUAGCAGUCUCAGCACCAUGUCGAGCCGAGGAGCAAAAAAGAAGUCGACCAAGACGUCCCGGUCCACUAAGGCCGGGGUCAUCUUCCCUGUAGGACGCAUGCUGCGAUACAUCAAAAGGGGUCUGCCCAAAUAUCGCAUUGGGGUUGGGGCGCCCGUCUACAUGGCUGCUGUCCUCGAGUAUCUCACUGCUGAGAUCUUGGAGUUGGCGGGUAAUGCUGCCAGAGACAACAAGAAGGGUCGUGUCACACCACGACACAUCCUGCUGGCCAUCGCCAAUGAUGAAGAGUUAAACCAGUUGCUGAAAGGCGUGACCAUUGCAUCAGGUGGAGUUUUGCCCAACAUCCAUCCAGAGCUGCUGUCUAAGAAGAGAGGACCGAGGGGAAAACUGAUAGAGAUUCCUGUCUCACCCGCACCUGAGAAAAAACCCAAGCCGGUCAAGAAAUCAGCCAGCAAGAAGAUGAGUGGGAGAAAGGGAGGAGCGAAGGCUAAGAAGCAGGGGGAGGUGAGCAAGGCAGCGUCAGCCGACAGCACCACAGAGGGCUCUCCCACUGACAGCUUCACCGUGCUCUCCACCAAGAGCCUCUUCCUGGGUCAAAAGGUCAGUUUGAGUUCUGUAGAAAUGGACAGGAAGUUCUAAGAUACAUAAACAAUA